CGGCCUGCUUGUCAUGUCCUCCUCGAUGACGGCGGCGAAGGACGCCGUCGCCGCGGUCGUCGUCGCCGCGGAGGGGACUUCGUCUCCGGCGCACUACGCGCUCGAGGAGCGCGUCGGCGUGGGCUCCUUCGGCAUCGUCUACAAGGCGCGCGUCAAGGGCUCGUCGGAGCACGUGGCCAUCAAGGUCGUGGACCUCGAGGGCUCGGCGGCGGAGCUCGAGGACGUGCGGCGCGAGCUCGAGGCGCUGGCGAGCGUGCGCUGCACACGCCUCGUGCACUACCUCGGCGCGCACGUCGUCGGGUCCCAGCUCUGGAUCGUCACGGAGUAUUUGGCCGGCGGGUCGCUCGGCGAUUUGCUGAACUCGCUCGCCGCGCCGCUCGCGGAGCCCGUCGUCGCGGGCGUCGUAGCCGAGCUGCUCGAGGCGCUCGCCUACCUGCACGGGGACCGGCGCGUGCACCGCGACGUCAAGGCGAAGAACGUCUUGGUGGCGCGCGACGGCCGCGUGAAACUCGCGGAUUUCGGCGUCGCGACGCGGCUCACGGACACGUCCACCAAGCGCCAGUCGCUCAUCGGCACGCCCUACUGGAUGGCCCCGGAGGUCCUGGAGCAGAGCCGCUACGGUUCCGCCGCCGACGUCUGGAGUUUGGGCAUCACCGCGUUCGAGCUCGCGACGGGCAAGCCGCCGCACUGGGAAUUGCACCCCAUGAAGGUGUUGUUUGUGGUCCCCAAGGCGCCGCCGCCGAAGCUCGAGGGAGACUUUAGCGCCGAGGCCACGGCCUUCGUGGCCCGGUGCCUGGCCAAGGCGCCCGAGGAGCGGCCGACGUGCGCGGAUCUGCUG